AUGUCCUUGUUGCUGUCGACGCUGGUAGCCCGGGGAAUAUACGGGAGUGUCCCACCAGAUCCUCAUACUCGUGUACAAGACAAUUCAACUUUGCUGGUCAGCUGGUGGUGCACGGUUUUCUCCUUUGCCAUCAUUCUGGUGCGAGUUGUUGGUCGACAUGUGCGGAUGAACAGACUCUUUACCGAGGAUAAAGUCAUGAUCGCCAGUGUAUUCCCGUUGUUUGUCAGGAUGGCAUUCGUCCAUGUGGUGCUGAUUUGGGGAACAAAUAAUACAAAAACGAGUACGUUGACGGAGUUGGACAUACAACACCGCGAAAUCGGUAGUCGGCUGGUCUUGGCGUCAAGGAUCUUUUAUGCCACCUACAUUUGGAUGGCUAAAUAUACUGUCUGCGAGUUCGUCAGGCGCCUUACCGGCAUGGUAUGGACAAAGACUUUCCAAGUUGCUUUACGAUGUGUCGAGUACUUCCUGGCCAGUACACUGGUAGCUGUGAUUGUUGCCACAUUGACGGAAUGCCAGCCAUUUAGUCACUAUUGGCAGGUCGUUCCAGAUCCUGGGCCUCAGUGUAGGCUGGGAUAUGCAAACCUAAUGACUAUGGGAGUUUGCGAUAUUCUAACAGACUUUUUCCUCGUUGCACUCCCGAUAAGCCUCUUUCUGACAUCUGCUAUGUCCGUCAAACGCAAGAUUGGUCUUACCAUUCUUUUCGCCUCGUCGCUGAUCCUCAUUGCCAUCACCGGAUUCAGGGUACCUUCCGUCAUCAAACGUGAUGGGCUACAAAGCUACCGGUCUCUACUGGCUUCUCUUGAAAUUCUUGCAGCUACGGCGGUCUCGAACUUUGUCGUGAUCGGGUCUUUUAUCCGCGACCGAGGCCUCAAGAAGGCCAAGUUUAAGCGCCCGGAGGGUUCGCUUUCUGUGAGCGAAAGCGUCGAUCAGAAUUCCGUCCGAAGAACCACACUCACUCAGCAUCAAUGGGGAAGCGAUGCAGAUCUUGUCAGCGGCCUAGGUAUACGGCUCCACCCUGAGCUUCAUGCCACAGAAACAAACGUAAUACGACCGGCACCAGUUGCCAUGGUUAGCGGACCCGGAUUGCAUCCGGGCUGGACUUUUGAUGGUGGUCAAAGAAAGGAUAGAACUGGUUCUAUCUCUAAUACGACCACACAGGGUAUUAUGAAAACCAAAUCACAUGGUUUAGAAUCGACGGGUUCAGUGAGCCCCAAGGCAUCACCGCGACGUGUAUCAUUCUAUGAUGUCGGUGGCCUCUUAUCCGACUCCGCUCCAUCACCCCCUAUGUCAAACAAUCCCGUUCGAGGAGCAUUGUCACAUGCUUCAUCUGGAUAUUUCUCGCAAUCCCACACCUCUGCCGCUCCACACUACACACAAUUCGACCAAAGAAGCCAACCGCAGUGGCAACCCGCAGGGGAUCAUCUCCCAUCGCCUUCAACAUCCUACACGGGGAAUUCCCCGACCAGCACAUUACCCCCAUCACACCCAGUUAUACACGACCAAGAAUCUCCUCCUUACCGUCUCCGCGAAUCAGACGACGAUCCACACUUUUUGAAUCUCCCACUGCAUGAUCCGGGCGGACUGUUAUCAGACACGGACGGUGGUCGACGCCGAUGA